CGCCAGCUUCCGGGUCACGUCAGUGUGCGGGCGGAAGCAGCGUGCUGAGCGUUGAAAGGCUUUUUGAACUGACAGGAGUGGACGAUUUAUCAGCUAAUAUUUGAAAGACGGACGAAAAGGUUUUCCUGUAUGAGGGCAUAUACCAAGGGGGAAAUGCCAAUGAAUGUAACACGCAGUUCAAAAAUGAAUACACUGUGAUACAAUACAAUAUCUGACAACAGAACCUACUGGAGCCUGCAGCCACGAAAGAGAAGACGGCGAAAGAAAGCACCGAGUCAAUGGCAAGCUGUUCCCCCUCGGCCGCGGUAGAACUCGGAGCUGUGGGCGGAGUUGGGUCAAAGGUAGACGCUCAGCUUCAGGAUGCGGUGCGACUGAAAACCGAGGGGAACGCAUGCUACCGCGAGAAGCGCAUUCGCGCCGCCAUCGGACGGUACCACCGCGCGCUGCUUGUACUCCGUGGACUGGACUCUGAUGUCACAGCAGCGGUCCAGGGCUUUGGCCCCCAGAUGCCGACUACGACCCCCAAGCAAGAGGAGCUGUUGAGGAGUACGCAAGUGGAUUGCUAUAAUAACCUAGCAGCCUGUCUGCUCCAGCGGGAAUGUGUUGACUAUGCUCGGGUUCAAGAAUACAGUCUGCGGGUGCUUCAGUGGCGAGCAGGAGACAUUAAGGCGCUGUACAGGGCAGGAGUGGCCGCGCUGGAGCUGGGAGACGCACAGACUGCCCGACACUACCUCAGUCAGGCCAGCAGAGGGCAGCCUAAUGAUCCGAAUGUGAGGCGGUACUUGCAGCGGGCAGAGGAAAGACUAAGUAGUGACUACCAGAGAGAAAAAGCAUUAUAUAAGGGCAUGUUUGCCAAACAGAAGGAUGAAGCGGGGGAGGGAGGGGUAGACAGUGGGGUGACUCAGAAGUAAGUAUGAUGCAAGGAAGCUUCCCGGUCUGGCUGAAGUACCACGAAUGCUAAAAAGGCGAAUGUUAAAAAAAGCUCAAGGAGAGCAUGAGAUGGUGCAGAGGUCAGACAGAGCCUGGAGAAAAAUCAGGACAUACAGCAUUGUCUUCUUGCUUAUCCCAAGUGUGGUUUGUGAAGAACUUGUGAUCUCAGCUUGUCUUUAUUUGUUCAUUUCUUGCAUUUCACCGGUCUCUCCAGAAGCAGAGUUUAAAUCUUUUGUUAAAACUGAAUAAAUAUUUUUGAACUUA